GUCUGGGUUCCACCAAACGAAUAUCUUCUAUUUUUCAUGGACCCUCAUUGCCCUUUAGUCUUUAUAAAAUUAUUGAACGCAAAAGUAGUUGCGAACUAGUGUACUAUGAGUGCCCACUGUACUUCGUGAAACUCCAAACACAGAGUACCCGGAACGUCUCUCUGCUUAAAUCGAGAGGUCACGGUUCCUUUUCAUCUGGAUCAUAAUCCCCAUCGAUAUCACAUCACACCAUUUCUAGAGAGAGAACUCCCUCUUCUACAGAGAGAGACCAGAGAAGAUGAAAAAAAACCAGUCCUUCCAUCUGGGUUUCUACUAAUUUCGUUUCUCACUCUAAUUUCUGUUCAAAGUUUGUGGCUUAGGGUUUGAGGAGAGAGAAAGUGCAGCCUUUUCUUCUCCUCUGAAUAUUUUCAGAAUCUCUUCCCUUUUCCAACUUUUUCCAUUUCAUAAUUUAAAAAACAACACCAUAAAGUUGUCACCUUUCUCAAACAAAAAACAAAACCAGAUUUCAAAGUCCUCACCUUUCAUCAUUUUUCUCCAAAACAAGCUUACUUUACUCCCAAAAUGUCAUCAUUUCUUCCCACCUCCGCUCUCACAUUCUUCCUCCUCCUCUUAUUAAUAUCCAGCUUCCACAUUUCCCUCGCCGGUCUACUCGCCGAACCGGUCACCGGUCACCCCCAGCCGCUCAAACCGGGGGAAUACUCCAGCCCCAACACCAUCCCGGCCCUCCCGUCCCAAACCCAGACCCAAACCUGCCACCUUGACCUCUCCGCGGAGCUCUUCGGCGGUGUCAGCCAAGCAUGCGGCCGAGACCUCGACCGGAGCCGGUGCUGCCCUGUUUUAGCCGCCUGGCUCUUCGCCGCCCACGCCAGAUCAGCCCUCGAGCUCCCCUCGUCGGAUACGGCUCCCUCGGCGGUGCCCGACCAGCCGAUGAUGCCGGACGACUCGCAGAAGUGCGUCAACUCGCUGCAGUCCUCGCUCGUCAGCCGGAACAUUCGGAUUCCUCAGCCCAACGCCAGCUGCGACGCCGUUCUGUGCUUCUGCGGAAUCCGGCUCCACCAGAUCGGCUCCCUGAGCUGCCCCGCUGCCUUCAACGUGUCUCGAGGAUUUCACAACGCCACCCCCACCGCCGCCGUCAGGAAUCUCGAGAAGAACUGCCGCAACUCUUCGUACUCUGGAUGCACCAAGUGCCUUGGAGCUCUCCAGAAGCUCAAGGGAGGGAGCAAGAACGGAACGGCGGGGGAGAGGAGCACGAGCGAGAGAGCGAACAAGAUGUUCAACCUUGACUGCCAGCUAAUGGGGCUGACGUGGCUCCUCGCCCGGAACAAAACGGCGUACAUUCCGACCGUUUCGGCCGUGUUGCGCGCCAUAAUGUACAGCGCGCACCCGCAUCACGAGAACACGUGUAGCCCGGACCAGGAGAACAUGCCGCUGGCCGUGGAUUCGCUGCAGAUCGAGAACGGGCAAGGGUUCGCCGCAUCGCCGCCGUCCAUCUUGAUGUUACCGAUUCUCCCUCUGAUCAUUUGGGCGUCUCUGUUUGUUUAGGGGAAUCCGGGUGUGUGUGAGGUUUUGGGACCUGCCUUGUCUGCUCUUUUACUUUCCAUACAUUUUCAUCCUUUUUUUUAUUUGCGCGAUCAUAAGUCACGUUAAUAUUUUAUAUUAUUAUUUUUAUAAAAAAUUAAUAUAAAAUAUUAACGUGAUUUAAUAAUAAAAAAAAAUGGUAAAAGAAAAUGAGAGAGCAUGAGAAGGGAAAGGGCAGAUAAGCUGGAUCCGAGGUUUUGCCCAUUUUUUUGGUAGUCUCUGACACCCGGUCGUGUCGGGUCACGUGACGCAAGUGGACAAGACGGGCCAGUUGAGUUGUUUUUGUCAUUUUGCCCACUGUAAAUUUCAGCUCGGUUUCGAAAUUGUAGUCAAAAUUGUAGUAAGUAAUAAUUAGUUCCUCACAUGGGGAGAGAUUCA